UUGCUUUUAGGGGACGCAAACGAAUUUUUAUCUUGGCUUCUAAAUGCGUUGCAUGUUUCCCUGAACGGCAAGAAAAGCACUAAGUCGAGCGUUAUUUAUCGAACGUUUCGUGGACACAUGCGAUCAUAUAAGCGAAAAGUGCUUCCGGUGGAUGCGGAUGAUGACGAGAGGACCAGACUCUUGCUGACAGAGGAAUACAAAGAAAUAAUGCAGGAGCAGCCGUUUUUGCAUCUAACAUUGGAUCUGCCACCAGCCCCGCUUUACCGAGACGAGUUCAUGCAAAACAUCAUUCCUCAAGUGCCCCUGGCCAAUCUUUUAGCGAAGUUCAGUGGAUUAACCGAGAAAGAGUACAAAACUUACAACGAGAAUAUCAUGAAGAGAUUCGAAAUCAUUAAAUUACCGUCGUUUCUGAUCAUGUUCGUUAAGCGGUUUACGAAAAAUCAUUGGUAUGUCGAGAAGAACCCUACGAUAAUCAAUUUCCCAAUUAAAAACGUAGAUCUGUACGAUUGCCUGGCGGAAGAUGCUAAGCCGCUUCAUCCAUACACGACCUACGACCUCAUCGCAAACGUGGUUCAUGACGGAAAACCGACCCCUGGCGAAGGAUCCUACCGCAUUCAAGUUCUACAUAAGGGCACCGGAAAGUGGUUCGAGCUUGAAGACCUUCACGUAAAGGAGAUUUUACCUCAGAUGAUAACGCUGACGGAAUCUUACAUUCAGUUUUGGGAGCUGAACAAGCAGAAAACGCGGAGACAGAGAACGGAGGAGGAGGACGUAAUUUUCGCUUCAGACAUGGAAACGACGAACGGUAGUAACUGAAA